GGCGGAAGCCAUCGCCUGCCUGUAGGGUGGCAGGGCGCGGUGCGCAACGGCAGUCAGUCGGACCUGUCGGACCCCACCCCUGUGAUACCUACGGACGACCUUUUGGCCGCCCCUGGCCCUGACCAAGGCCCUGGCCCUCUGGCAGGACUCGGAACUCGUGUGAUUUGUGCAUUCCCCCUCGGCAGCGCCGCGGCGCGCCGCCGGCCCCGAGCCCCGAGGCGAAGGCGCCCAGUGCCUCUGUUGGUCUUGUUGCCGAGCAGUCCGGCAAUAGGCCCCCUCCCCUCCCCCGCCACCGCAACCGGUGUAUUUAUAAAGAAAAUAAUAAAACAAAUAUGAGUACGUCAAAAUGCAAAUGACUGUGCACUACCCGAGCCCAGCAGCAGGCCCAGCAGGCAGCAAGUGUGUCCCCGGCGCGGCGCGAUGAGGGUGUAGGCGACGCCGUCGACCAGCACGACGAGCAGGACCUCGGCCGAGAUGAGCCUCAAGGCGGUCCGGAAGUGGGAGAAGAGCGUCCUGCAGGGCCCCAAGCCCGACAACCUGACCGUCUUCACCGGGCCGCCGCCCAAGCCCUUCAUCCCCACGUACGACCGCACGGCGCUGCGCCCCGACAUGAAGCUCCUCGUCAGCAUGGAGUACCGCCGCAUGUGGUUCCAGGAGUGCGGCAAGUUCCACAAGCACGCCUACCCGCAGGCCGAACGCGGCGUCUUCCUGCGCAAGCAGGUGGCCAAGGACGCGUGGAAGAAGACCAAGGCGUGCUUGGAGGCGCCGCCGCCGCCCCUGCGCAAGGCUAAGAGGUGGGCAGCUGUCGCCGCAAAGGUGGACUCUGGCCUGGGUGACAUGGCAAGCCAACUGGUGCCACAGUGUGGCAAGUGCCGCGCCUUCCACGCCACUGCCGAAAAGUGCCCAGCAACAAAACUAUGUGAUAUUCAGAAAAUCACAUCCACCGCCCUUAAGUCCUUGGAUUAAGGGGAAUAAAGAGAACAAGUAACAAGUUUACAAAUUGAUUCAAUUUAUUUACUUCAGACUGUCACAUAAAUUAAAACAGAAGUUUACUGUUAACAAAAAGCCUCUGUUCCAGCCAGCAUUUCAUGUUUUUAAAAUUAUAUUUUUUUAAUAAACCACGAUUUAGAAAAUAA